AUGGAGCUGGAGGCCUCUGGGCGGCUCCUGCGCCUCUCGGUUCGCAUCACCUGCUCGGCAAAGGUCGCUGGCGAGCUAGAGGUGGUACUGCCGGCUGCGCAGGGCUCGUGGGCUCUGGGUGCAGGACCCGAGAUGCCCAGGGUUGGUGAGCGGCUGCCCGCCAGGUGGAUGGUGAGGGUGUCCUCGAGGCAGGACAGCACCUUCGGAGGCGUCUUCUACUGCACGGCUGCCUGUGCCCUCCUCACCUUGAGUGACGAGCCGCGCGGCUUUCUGCACUCAGAGGCCAGACUUGGAGAUGCCAGGGUGAGCUCACGCGUGCCUCAUGUGGACGCAGACAUGUACGUGUCGAUGGAGGCUUGGCGUGGAGGCCUGCACACAGGCGGACGGGCUCUCGGGUCUGUGGCGGUGGUGGAGGUUCAGGGCACGCGCUCCUGUGCGGACGAGGCUUCUCGCCGGCAGGUCCGCGGCGAGUCUGGCGCCCAGCCGAGACUGAUCCAGGCGAGGAGGUGGUCGCCCUCACAGCGUCCUGGCCUUCGGGAUGAGCAGGGGCCUCAGUCCAGCGCCAGCUCAGGACCCCUGAUCACCCCAGACACUGACCGUGGCCCUUACCUCUCCAAGGCCACUCAAGUGGCCCGGCAACACCGCGGCGGUCUCCCUGCAGAUCAAGCUGUGAGCAGCCAGUCCCCCAGAGCAGGACUCCGCUGCAAGACUGCACUCUGGGCAGUCAGCCGCGUGCUCAGGAAGUCUAAAGCGAAGCCCAACGGCAAGAGGCCGGCCGUGGAGGAGAAGAAGGCCUACCUGGAGCCGGAGCACGCCCGGUCCCGGAUCGCCGACUUCGCCUUCAAGGAGCUGGUGGUGCUGCCCCGCGAAAUUGACCUCCACGAGUGGCUGGCCAGCAACACCACGACUUUCUUCCACCACAUCAACCUGCAGUACAGCACAAUCUCGGAGUUCUGCACAGGAGAGACGUGUCAGACGAUGGCCGUGUGCAACACACAGUACUACUGGUAUGACGAGAGGGGGAAGAAGGUCAAGUGCACAGCCCCGCAGUACGUCGACUUUGUCAUGAGCUCCGUGCAGAAGCUGGUGACUGAUGAGGACGUGUUCCCCACGAAAUACGGCAGGGAAUUCCCCAGCUCCUUCGAGUCCCUGGUGAAGAAGAUCUGCAAGUUCCUGUUCCAUGUGUUGGGCCACAUCUACUGGUCCCACUUCAAGGAGACGCUGGCCCUGGAGCUGCACGGACACUUGAACACACUGUACGUCCACUUCAUCCUCUUCGCCCGCGAGUUCAGCCUGCUCGACCCCAAAGAGACCGCCGUCAUGGACGACCUCACCGAGGUGCUGUGC